CUCUGCAGGCUAUCUUUGCAGUAGAUUGCAACACCGCCCCCUUUAGCAGUAUAACACUAAUAUAGGUGUAUAUAAUACAAACAUUGACAAGUGUUGUCAUCAGACCUGGAUUCAAAUUCUUGUUUUUCAAGGACUAAAAUACCAGUACAUUUUGAAAUAUAAAAAAAGUUGUUGAAUAUUGGAAUUUGUUUGGAAAUACAUUUGGAAAGUAUUGGCGUGUGUUUGAAAAUACUCGAAUACACAGAAAACUGUAUUGUAACGACCCUGGGUUUAUAAGCACGGAUAUCGACUCUGCCGCUUGAGCAUGCUUUUUCGGCACAAGUGGAUAGCGCGUUGGACUUCGGGCUAGAACGCUCGACCUGCUCCUCCCUGUUUCAUUACACUGGUGUCACAAAUGAUCGGAUCUUGCAUCCACGACGGCGCGUGUGCCUGGCCGGUGUGCGCGUUCCUGUAAGACGUAGAGUCGCUAAUUUAACGACGUUGUCGCUAUAUUUAGCGAGUAUUCAGACCCCUCUAGCGACACAUUUUUUAAAAAGCGACUAGCGACAAAUCUAGCAACUUUCUGGUGUUAUUGGUGACUGACGUGAAAGCACGUAUCGUUCUUACUCUUCUCAACGAGCAGCGUGUGCUGCCGUGGGCCCCACCCCAGUCCCAAAGCACUCACAGGCGGCCCAGUCCUCGCGCUGCAGUCAGGCAGGAGAUGUUCACCCCUUCGCGUCCAGACUGCAAAUGAAUCGCGCAUGCGGGAAGUCGCCGCUGGCUGAUCCCGCCCUGGUUUACAUUCUUAUUUUACCUGAAUUAGGGCCAGACUAGUUACCAUAAUUCUCACAUUGCCAUUGACAGUUUUUCUAUUGUCUCUCUUUGAUCCAUUUAGAUUGUAUACAAAAAGUAAAAAAUCUUCAUGUUUUGCUGUGACUUGUUGUAGGCUCCUAAGUGGACCAUAAGGUUACAAAUCAAACCAAAUUAAGAAAAAUAAAAUAAAAAGACGAAAUAACUCCGCCAGAGUUUCUAUUUUGGGUCCCAAGCCCGGAUAAAGGAGGAGGGUUGGAAUUGUGACAUUAAAAAAAACAAGACUCGAUAGAAGAAAGUUCAUUUGUCGUUCUAAACAUAUUGAGGGUGUUUUUUACUCACUUUUUGUCUCUCCCACGACGUUGUUCUACAGCAUCCAUCACAACUACGUUCACAUGGCCAAUUAUGCAAAUUAGGCGAUGAUGUCAUUCAGCGACUUUUAGGACAGCCAAUAGCUACUUUCCUUACUGAGGAGUUGGCAACAUUGCCCAGGAAGUGUUUGUCAUUUUUUUAAGGAAGUGCUUUUCAUGGCUAGUCGUGGUUUAAUUGUUUCCUUGUAUGGAGCUGAGCGGGAUUGGAUUCUACAUAAUCGAAACUACACAAUCCCAGGAAGGGAACCGAACCUCAAGGUCUGCCUAUCAACCACCAGCACAAGAAGUGAUUGAACACCAACCAGAUCUCACCAUGUCAGACACGGUCCCCCUGGAACAGAGGUACAAGGCCAGCAUGGUCCUGAGUGGAGCAGGAGAUGCCCUGGGCUACAACCAUGGUACCUGGGAAUUUGAAAAUGAUGGAGUGUUAAUACAUGAGCAAGUUCAGAAGAGAGGAGGUCUAGAGAAGCUGGAUGCCAUAGACUUCCCUGUUAGUGAUGACACCGUCAUGCACCUGGCUACAGCUGAGGCUCUGGUCAAGGUGGGGGAAGGGGCAUCCCUCCCUGUGCUGUAUCGAGCCCUGGUGGAGAAGUACAUUGUAAGCAUGACAGACAUGGCUGGAAGAGGAGCAGGCCUCACCUGCCUCAACAGUGUUGCAGUACACAGACAGAGAACUGAUGAGGACAUUAAGAUUCCCUUCAACAAGAGGGGCGGAGGGUGUGGGGCAGCCAUGAGGGCCAUGUGUAUCGGCCUGCGCUUCCCGGACCUUGAGCAGGAGCACCUGCUGAUAGCAGUAAGUGUGGAGAGUGGGCGUCUGACCCACCACCACCCCACAGGCUACCUGGGAGCCCUGGCUGCAGCCCUGUUCACGGCCUACGCAGUGAGGGGCACCCUGCCGGUGGAGGCCUGGGGACACAGACUCAUGGAGGUCCUGGACAAAGCCAAGGAGUACGUCAGGCUUUCGGGCAAUUGUGUGGAGCUGAACAUGGAGCACUGGGACUACUUUGGAAUUCAGUGGAAAUCCUAUUUAGAAAAGAGAGGCAUUCUGGAUGGAAAGAGCAAACCUCGGUUCCCAGACUCCUACGGUGUGAAGGAGAGGGAGAGUUUCUAUAGGGCGGUGAGCUUCAAGGGUUGUGGUGGUGCCAGUGGGCAUGAUGCUCCCAUGAUAGCUUACGAUGCCCUCCUGAGGGCAGGCGACUCCUGGGUUGAGCUGGCCAAUCAUGGCUUCUUCCAUGGCGGGGACAGCGACUCCACGGCCGUGAUCGCUGCUGCCUGGUGGGGCGCACUGUUCGGCUUCAGGGGGGUGCCAGAGAUCAACUACAAGAGGCUUGAGUACCGUGACAGACUAUCCAAACUUGGGGAACAGCUAUACAAGCUCAGGGGAAAACCUCUCGGUUCUUUGAAAGUGUGAUGCAAAUUAAACCAAUAGAUGGUUAAAGGUGAAAUUCAUUAAAUUUCAUGCAGAUCUGUAAUUUCAGCUACUUAAACUUUUUUUGACACUAAUUUUGCAUCCCUUGGUUUUUAAAAAACAUAUUUUUAAAGAAUAUUACUGGAUCUGGAAAGAUUUAUAGAGUAUUUAUGAUCUCAAACUGCAGUCUACCUACUGACUAGGAGAUGGAGCCAGAAUGUUCUGUAUAAUAACAAACAUUUUCUGUAAUGGCAACAGUUUUUAUUUAUUUCUAGCCUAUAAUCAAGUCUUCACUAACAUACAUUGAUGCUGCAGUUGUUGCACUAUUAUUGUACCAUUUUAGCUAUGGCAGAGUGUAAAAAAAAAAUGGACUGUUUUACUUCUGAUUAGACUGAUGCUAAAUGAAGACUAAAUGAAGUCUACAAGUACAGUGGUGACCAGAGGGUGGCAGUGUAACUUAACAAAUCACUCUUGAAACUCUCUUUCCUGUCUCGCUCUCUCAAUUUAUUCAAUUUAAGUUCUUUAUUGGCAUGGAAAACAAAAACAAGUGAAAUGGAUCAUUAACAAAAGUGAAAUAAUAACAAAUUAACAGUAAACAUUACACAUGUUCCAAAAGAAUAAAGACAUUUUAAAUGUCUUAUGUCUAUAUACAAUGUAACGAUGUACAAAAGGGAAAAUAAAUAAACAUGGGUUGUAUUUACAA